AUGCGGCACAGAAUGUCGCUUUCUGUUCCCGUAGUCGCCCUCCUGGGUCUGUCGCUGCUCUCGGCACCGACGGCAGCGCAACAAGACCCGGUGGCUGAUUUCUGCCGGCGCUUUGGACAUCAGACAGCUGUUGUUGACAACAAGCUGUUCAUCGAUGGUGGUAUCGUCAACUGGAAUCCUCUCUCUUCCUUCCCUGCCAAUUACACGAAUACAUGGCUCUCCUACCAAGACCUCUCCACAACGUCGGCCACGGGCAUGCCCCCCCUGUACGCGAACCUCUCCAAGAACGGUUCCAUCCCCAAUGUUGCUGGCGGCGUCCUCUGGUCCGACUCGGUGAACAAGCGUCUGUAUCUCUUCGGCGGCGAGCAUAACCUGGGCGAACCCCCAUUGCCUUUCAAUCUCUACGGCUACGACAUCAUAAACAAUCAAUGGGAUUCCUUCGGCCCGUCCCGCACUGGGGCUUCCAUUUCAAAAGUUAGCUACGGUGCAGGGGUGUCGGUCGAUAGCCGCGGCGAGGCGUACUACUUUGGCGGAUGGCUGAGCAACAACUCCGUCCCUGACUGGGGCACCGGCCCGCGGGUGGCUACUACGGGGUUGGUAAAGUAUACCAUGGACACAAACAGUUUUGCCAAUAACACCGGUCCUGACAACAUCCGGCGCGCGGAGGGCAGCUUGCAUUAUAUCCCUGCCAGCGACGGCGGGAUGUUGAUCUACUUUGGGGGUAUCCAAGACCUAUCUGCCAACGGCACGGUCACGGGCCAACCCAUGGACCAGAUCUUCAUCUACGACGUUCUCAGCAGUAAGUGGUACACCCAGAAGGCGUCGGGCGAGGUUCCGGAGAUGCGGCGGCGGUUCUGCGCGGGCGUGACAUGGGUGGCAGAUCAGUCGUCCUACAAUAUUUACAUGUACGGCGGCGCAACCGCCCCAGGCGUGCUCGGCGGAGGCUACGACGACCUAUACGUGCUCUCGAUCCCGACCUUCACCUGGGUCAAACUGUACCCCGUCGGCCGCAACGGCACCGGCGACUAUCCGCACCACUCGCUCUCUUGCAAUAUGAUCCCGGGCCGGGGACAGAUGAUCAUAUCCGGGGGCCAGUUCCCGACCACGUCGAUCUGCGACUCCCCGGGCCAGUGGGGCACCCACAACGUCGACCUGGGGAAGCAGAACCCGAGCAAGAGCCUCUGGGAGCUGUACAGGCCCAACAAGACGGCCUACGCCGUGCCGGACGAGGUCCUCGCCGUCGUGGGCGGGAACGGCAACGGCGGCGCGACCAGGACGGCGCCCGCCAACGGGUUCGAUUAUACCGAUGUGGGCCUGCUGAUCACCAUCAAGGCCGACGUCGCCGUCCGGACGCCGACAAGGGUCGUUGCCGCGUCCGGCACGCCGGCACCGAACACGAAGCUAUCCACAGGUGCCAUCGUCGGCAUCGCCAUCGGCGCCGCGGUCUUGCUCACCGCGCUCGCGAUGGGAUGCUGCGUCGUCUGCAAGCGCCGCCCGCAAACACAUCGCACGUCGUCGCCGGGGCAGAGCCACCUCUACCACGCCCAGAGUAUGUCGGAACCGUGGUCGCCGUCUUCAUCCCGGCUUAGCCCUAUGCCGUCGCCCUACUCACCGUCGUUCGGCCACCUCGCACACGCCCCAUUGCCUCCGCUGUCCCCACACCCGCAAUCCCCCCGCGCGAGCCCGCCGGUCGAGCUGCCCACGCAGUCGUCGCUGUCGACGCCGGGGAUCCUGACGGGGGACACGCCAGGGCUGACGCACGUGUCGUCGGCGGCAUCGUACCCGCCGCAGCAAGCGUACUUUGGCGACGCGAUGACGCUGCUGGGACAGGCGCAGUACGACGCCCACGGCAACAUGUGGGUGCCGCAGGUGAGCAUGGUGCAGGUCGCCACGGGGGCGAGCCCGCCGCUGCCGGGGUACACGGGGCCGAUGGGCGAUCAGAAGACGACGCCGCAGCCGGUGCAGGCCGAAGUGCAGCCUUCACCAGCCCACGAGCCGCAGGAGUUGAGCGCGGAGACAGGCGACCGCGCAGAGCAGAGCGCCCAGCACCAGACGUAUUACAACCCUUAG